AAUAGUAAGCAACUUAGCAAUGUUCACAGUCAAACUUCUAGAGUGCAAAUGUUAAAAAAUAUAAAAAACGAACACAAAAAUUAAAUAUGAGUAUAUUAUUAAUGAAAUGACUUCUUAGGAAACAUGUCGUAUAUCAAUGAACCAGUCUUAAACAUUAUAGUGGUUGGUUUCCAUCAUAAAAAAGGUUGCCAGGUCGAGCAUUGUUACCCAGAGUUAAUUCCUGGUCAUCCAUCUGAAUUACCAGCAGCUUGGCGAUAUCUUCCAGCUUUAGCUCUGCCAGAUGGCUCGCAUAACUACUUAUCAGACACAAUAUUCUUCAGCUUACCCGGAUUGACUGAACCUGCUCACACUGUUUAUGGUAUAUCAUGUUUUCGACAAAUACCCAUAGAGUUUGUAAUAUUUCAGCAAGUUGCUCAGAAAACGGAAGAUAUGACCAGAAGUUCUGUCCAAAAGAGCGUAUGUGUUAUUUGCCGAGCUCCAUUGUUUGGUCGUCUGUCUGUAAAGGUGGAACUUGUGGUGAGGGCUUGGUUCCUCCAGGGUGACUUUUCCCAGACCAAGCUCUUAGAAGAUGCUUUUAAACAUCUCAAUAGUUGUCCUGUUCAAAUUGAUCAGACCCUUGAAGGUUUAUCAGUGCAGAAGUUAGUAGAAAACUGGAGACAUAAAGCCUUAUUGUUGUUUAAACUGUUACUGUUACGUCAGAAGGUUCUUAUUUAUGGAUCGCCAGCCGGUUCACUGUCAACCGCAUUGUUGACUCUUGUCUCUCUUUUACCGCAAUGUCUGGAGUAUGGAUUGACUAAAUCUGCUAAUGUAGUUUUGUCUAGACCACUUUCACCAAUACCUACUGUGAUACCAGAAGAAAAAACUACAGAAGACAGCAUUGAUGAUGCUUUAGAUGUUGUAGAGGACGCAUUAAAUGGGACAAAUCAGCCAGAUGAUGAAUUGUCUCCAAAAGAAACUGGAAAUUUGUUUGAGGAAAAGGACAGAGUCAGCCGUCAAAGUUUUGAUGAAUCAAUCCUAUCUGAUGUUGUUGAUAGACAAGAACUGUCUGCUGGAAGGGAAAAAUGUCACAGUAUAGGAGAAAAAUAUAAGGUACAAAAACCACUGUCCGAAGCACAGCAAAGCCCUACAAUGGCUAGAGACAUGAGUGUUGAUGGUCUUUACAAUCUGACGGGACAAUUAGAUCAAACUGAAUGUGGUUUUCCCUUGAGCUUGUUUGAGGAUGGCUACAUAUGUUUACCGUACUUGUCACUGCAAUAUUUAGAUCUGCUGUCAGACACAUCUGUGAAGGGUUUUGUUGUUGGAGCUUCGAAUGUUCUUUUUAAACAGAAGAGGCAGCUAUUUGAUGUCUUGGUCGAGCUGAACGAAAUGAGGAUAGAAACAGCUGACAUGAGUUUAAGACGUCAGCUGGUUCUCAAUACUGAAGAUCUUAGGUUUGCGGAUCACGUGGUCCGCCACGCCUCCUCCCAGGGCGACACGUGGAUACGGGAUCAAUUUGCUAGUUAUUUAAUAUACUUAUUACGAACUUCAUUAUUACCAGAAGGGAGUCGGGAGAUGGAAUCUUAUAAUGCUCAGUUCAUGACAGCCUUCAAAGCGACACCAGCCUACGACAAGUGGUUGAAAGCCACAAACAAUGCCAACAUAGAACCAUUCAUGAACCUGACUCCUAUGCAUCCGUUUUCUGGACAGCUAUCUGUCGCUGACAUGAAGUUAAAAUUGGCACAUACUAUGUCGACUACGGAGGGCGGUCGUAAGGUGACGGCGGCCGUGGCGAGCACGGGGCGGGCUGUGGCGAGCACGUCGCGGGCCGUGGGCGGAGCGCUGUCACAUGCUCGCGGCGCGCUAUCGGGCUGGUGGAGCGCGCUCACAGCGCCCACGACCGCGCCCACCGACCCGGACGUGGUCGACUUGAGCGACGUGAGCGAUGCUGUAGAAGCAGAUGACGCGACGGGUCAACUGGAAGACGACAACCGCCGCCUCCCGGAUCCUCCCGACAAGCGACUCGACCCCGCCAUCGACGUCACCAACAUAAGAGUCAUUUAAUGUGUGAUACUUGAACAGUAGAAGGUUAUCGUCCCCCGUCUCAUGCGAUCGUUUCUUGUGUGAUAAAUUCUCAUAUAUUUUUUUAGAUUGUUUUUUACAUAUUUUUUUUUCUCUAUCACGUUUCAGCGUUGUACAGACUUAAGAAUUUUACAUCUCCGAUUAUCGAUGUACAUUUAAUUUAUUACGUGAUCGAGUAAUUUUUUUUUAACAACUACUCAGAUAGUGUUUACGUCAAACCUCCUGUAUUUGUUACAUAGUUACAACUGUAGUAAUCAAUGCUUAACCUUUUUAUGUACUUCAUCGGAUAGCUUGCUUUGUCGUUACUUCCAGAUAAUGCCAUAUAUUGUCAAAUAUUUGUCAAUACUGUUAAUGUUAAAAAUAUAUAUAAUUAACAUUUGUCACUAUGUUUCGGCGAUCAUCGACUGACUACAGGGAUUUAAUAAGUGCGAAGUCAAAGGUCAAAGGUCGUUUAAAUUGGUCAGCGUCUAUAAAUUUACCGCUUCCAAGAACUGGUUCAAAACAAAUGAAAAAUGUUAAUCGUCGAGUUAGAAACGUAGCUGCAAUCAAAUUAAAUACAUGUUUUGUAUUAUAGUUUGUGAUCUCUAAUAUAUUAUACUUUUAAAUUUGUUGGUAAUAUAAUUUAUAGUAAACAUUAA